CACUGUCCACAGUUGAUAGCUUGAGUGCGGGUCCAGUUUUCGCCCUCAUUUUCGGAAUUAUACGACCAAGAUGGAGAUUCGUCUUGACGGAAAGAAAGCCCUGGUUACAGGUGCUGGACGUGGGAUAGGUCGAGGGAUAGUCGGAGGCCUGACAGAGUGUGGGGCUGUCGUGUAUGCCCUUAGCGUCACACAGGCUAACCUGGACGAUCUAAAAUUGGAGUUCCCGUCAGUGCACACCAUCCAGGUAGACCUAUCCGAUUGGGAGGCGACGCGAGCCGCCGUGGAAGGUGUUGGCACGCUUGAUCUGCUUGUGAACAACGCCGCAAUAUCUCCGCCUCCGACGCCUUUCGUCGACACAGAUAAGAAGACAUAUGAAGAUGUUUUCAAUGUCAACCUAAUGGCUGCCAUUAAUGUUAGUCAGGUGGCUGCACAAAGUAUGCUGGCUAGUGGGAAAGGUGGGGCAAUCGUUAACAUCUCCAGCGUUAACUCCUGUAUCGCCAUCAACACGACCUCACCCUACAACAUAGCCAAGGCCGGACUGGACAUGAUGACAAAGUGUAUGGCCAUGGAGUUGAGUCCAGCCAUCCGAGUUAACUCUGUCAAUCCCACCGUGUGCAUGACGGCCAUGGGAAAACACCACUGGUCUGACCCCAAAAAGGCGGACCCAUGGAAGGCCAGACACCCAAUGGGAAGAUUUGGAGAGGUUGAGGAGGUAGUGAAUACCGUAUUGUUCCUUCUCAGCGACAAGGCUUCUUACACUACCGGAACAUGCAUUCCUGUUGACGGGGGACUGCUCUGUAACUAAGACAUUCGCUUCCAGAAAAUGAGCCGGAGAACGUUUUGUUAAUAGAACUUAGACAUCCGAUAUGUGUUCAGCGCAAACGUGAACAGAACACUUCUCUUUAACUAUAGGGAAUAAACUCUCCGUCUCUGUGAGUCCGUGGACAAGAGAAUGCUCCGUUAUGCAAUUACAUUUCUGGUGCAUUUAAUUAGAACUUAUCUUCCACUUCCGGUGCAUGUCCAUCCGUGAACAGGAAACCGUUCUUUUACAUGUACCAUGACAUAAUCUUCCAGUAUAUGUGUGCCCGUGGUCAAGAGACUGGUCCAUUACCGGGACGUUCAUAUCAGCUGUAUCUAUGUCUGUCCAUGGUGGUCUGUUCUAUAUAGUUCCGGUACACAUGUGCCCGUGAACAGGAAACUGUUCUCUCACUUGGGCAAGCACUUCCGGUUCAUGUAUAGUGUGUCUGAUGACGUGGGAUUCUUCUGUAACUUGGAUAUAUAGGCAGUUCCGGUACACAUGUGUCUGUUGCCAGGAAACUACUCCGUAACAACAAACUUCCAUUACACAGUGUAUACAAUGUAUGUGCCUGUGGAUAGGUUAAAACUAUCUUUUAUUUUCUUAUUUGAGCUGAAAUCUCUAAUAAUAAUUUUAUUUUGAUGAUGAUCAUGUAUUAGAUAAUGCGAUGUAUAUGUGUAGUCGGUGUGUUUCCUUUUCGAUUUCUAUUUGAUCUAUAACCGAGAGCAAUCCUGCACAGCGAAAGAGAAUUUAUGUACGCCUUCACUGACCUAAAAUGCCAUUAGUCGCCAACAAGCAUUUUAUAUGACAUAAUUAAUAUAAAUCUUGUGUCAUGAAGUUUUCUUCUCGUAAUUAUUCACAUUCAGCGAUAAUAAACAUCGUAUUCUUACAUAUGAUCUAUAUCAUAUAUAAGUGCAGACACAUGUUUAAAACACGGACCAGACUAGAAAUAAGAACCCGUACAAGAUGAAUUUACAAAGGUCUAUUAGAGCCGGUCAGAAAGAUAGGACUAAGGAAACUGACUUUUGUUUAUUGUCGGCUUGCUCUGUGCUGAUUAGUUUCCUGGUCAUACAAUUCAAGUUGUACAUUGUAUGUAGUGACAUGUGAUAAAAUAAAACAUGUUUUUUUUUGUCUC